UCCCGCCUUUUCCCUGCCCGCGGGGCACGCCGGGAGUUGUAGUUCUGCCGCGCCGCCAAGCGAGGCGGAACGGCGGCGGUUUUUGCGACAGCGGCUUUUGCGACGUGGGCGCAGUAAAGCGCGGGGUGUUGACAGCGGCCGGCGGAGCAGGAACCGGACCCCGAGCCAUGAGCCGAGCCAGGAGGGUCCCGGGCCGCGGGGCCGCCGUGGCCAGGCAGAUGGGGCUGCUGGCGGAUCCCGGGGAUGGCGGCGGGGAUGGGGAUGGGGACGCGGCGCUGGAGGCUGAGCUGCUGCUGCUGCUGGGGGGCCGGGAGGCGCCGGACGGGGGGGAACCGCCCCCCCAGCAAGAUCUGGCAGCAGUGGAGGCUCUGGCCAAGCUCUGCCUGCGGGACCCCCCGGAGGAGGAGGAGGAGGAAGGGGAGGAAGAUCUGGAGAACGAGGAGGAGCUGCUGGCAGAGCUGCAGGAGGUGCUGGAGGAGGGGUCCGGGAACGGAGGCGCUGCAGAGACCCCGCAGGAGCCCGCGGCUGCCGGGGCGCUGCUGGCCGAGCUGUCGGAGCGGGCGGAGCUGUACCGGGCGGCCAUCGGGAGCGAGAACGGGAGCGGGGCCCGGCUCCGGCGCCUCCAGCGGGGCCUCAAGACCCUGGAGCAGAUGCUGGACUCCGUCCGCAGCGGGAAGCCGAUCGACGAGGCCGAGAUUCCGCCGCCGGUGGCCGUGGGGAAGGCGGGGGGAGCCCCUGGGCCACCUCCCCCCGUGAGCCCUGCGGCCCCAGAGCAGCCCCCAGCCCCACAGACCCCCCCAGCCCCACAGACCCCCCCAGCCCCAAAUCCCAGCCCAGAUCCCAGCCCAGAUCCCAGCCCAGAUCCCGGCUCGGCGCCGGCGCUCCGGGUCCGGCUCCAGGAGCUGCAGAAGGAAGCGCUGGCGGCCAAACGCCGCGGGGACACGGCCGUGGCCCUCGAGCACUUCAGGGCAGCCAAGAGGCUGGAGGUGCAGCUGGAGGCGCUGGGGCAAGGCCGUGCUCCGCCAGCCCCUGAUCCACAGCCAGAGGAGCCGAAGGCUCCGCUCCCGAGGGAUUCACCGGCGAGGGAUCCACCGGCCACCAGCCCAGCCACCGAGGCGCCGCGGGCGCCGCGGGACGUGCGGGAGGCGCUGGAGCAGCGCAUGGAGCGGUACCGGGCGGCCGCGGCCCAGGCCAAGGACAGCGGGGACGGCAGGAAGGCGCGGAUGCACGAGAGGAUCGUCAAGCAAUACCAGGCUGCCCUCCGUGCCCACAGCGCCGGCAAAGCCGUGGAUCUCUCGGAGCUGCCCGUUCCCCCAGGCUUCCCCCCCAUCCAGGGCGCGGAGAUCCCGCUGGAGCCGAGCAUUUCUGGGAUGCUGGAGGCGGCCUUGAAGCUGGCAGGGCCGGAGCAGGAGGAGGAGGAGGAGGAGGCAGAGGAGGAGGGGAACAGCAAGGCGGCCGAGCUCCAGGUGCAGCCCAGCGCUCCCCCCGCGCCCCCUCCCAAGCAGCCGCCGCCCCCGCGGAAUUCCCAACCAGCUCCCAAACCCACUGGAAAAGCCCAGCAGCAGCUGGAGUUCCUGGAGCUGCGGCGGAGGCAGCUGGCGCAGGCCGCGCUGCGCGCCAAGCGCCGCAACGACCUGGAGGGAGCCAAGCUGCUGCUGCGCCGGGCCAAGGGCAUCGAGGGGCUCAUCGGGGCCGCUCGUGGGGGGCUCCCCGUGGACAUUGCCCAGGUCCCCGAGGUGCCCCUGGACGGGGCUGAGUUCGAGCUGGGGCCGGGCCAGGGGCGUCCCCUGCCCCCCGAGGCUGCCAAGGCCUUCCUGCAGCUGGCGGGGGCCCUGAGGAAGCAGCACCAGAUGUGUCUCACCUACUGCCGACAAUUUGCUCAGCUGGGGAACAUCUCCGAGACCACCAGGUGCGAGGCGCUGGCCGAGGAAUGCCGGCGGCACAUGGAGACGCUCCGGAGGGAGCACGGCCGGGGGGCGCCGCCCCCAAAGCCCCGCUACGAGCAGAGAACCUUCAGCGUCAUCAAGAUGUUCCCAGAGCUCAGCAGCAGCGACCUGGAGCUGGGGAUUGAGAGAGGGAUCGGCUUCCCAGUGCCCGCAGGUGUGACCGCUGCUGACCUGGACACCUUCGUGCGCUUCGAGUUCCCCCACCCCAGUGCGGAGGAGGCGCAGCGGGACAAGACCGGUGUGGUCAAAAGCACGGAUUGUCCCGAAUUCCGGGCGCGGUUCCGGCUGCGGCUGCUCCGCGGGCACCGGGGGCUGCGGAGGCUCCUGAGCUCCCGCGGGAUCAAGUUCGAGGUGACCCAGAAAGGGGGUCUGUUCCGGCCGGAGCGGGCUCUGGGCUCGGCGCAGCUGCGGCUGGAGGGGCUGGAAGGGGCGUGCGAGCUGCGGGAGCAGCUGGAGCUGCUGGACGGGCGGCGCCGCACGGGCGGGCGGCUCGAGGUGUGGGUGCGGAUCCGGGAGCCGCUGGGCGCGCAGCGGCAGCUGGAGCCGCGCUCCGAGCGCUGGCUGGUGCUGGAGCCGAGGGCCGAGCCCACGGUCGCCGUUCCCAAACCGAGCGUGGCGGCCCCGAAGGACGGGAGCGGCAGAUCCGCCCCGACCUUCCCGAGCCUCAACCUGCUGCUGUUUGACCGGGAGCGCCUGGAGCGGAAGAUGGUUCCGUUCGGCCGCGCCGGGCGCCCGGUGCCCCCCGAGCUGCGGCAGCAGCACCAGGACCUGCUCCGGCGCAUCCAGGGGCUGCGGACCCGGCUGCAGGCGGGGGACCCCCAGUUCCGCAAGGAGUACGCGGAGCACCUGGAGCGGCACCUGCGGCUCUACACGGAAGCUGCGCGGCGCCUCGGCACCCAGGGAGAGCGGGAGGCAGCCAAGGAGGCUCUUUACAAGCGGAACCUGGUGGAGAGCGAGCUCCAAAAGCUCCGUGGAUGAGUCCCCCCAGUCCCGGGGCUGGGACCAUGUGGGGUUCCAGGGAGGCUCAGAGGACGCCCCCCCUGCUUUGGGGGGGCUCUGGGAACACCCCCCCAUGCCCACUGUGACAAUCACAGGGAUCAGAGCUGCUAAACCCCCCCCCAAUCCCCCAGGGGUGACAGGGGGGGACAGGGUGACACUGUGGCCCCCAAGGACAGGGUGACACUAAUCCCCCCCCAGUGACAGGGUGACACUAAUCCCCCCCCCCCCAUCACAGGGUGAUUCCAAUCCCCCCAAUGACAGGGUGACACCGAUCCCCCCCCCAAUGACAGGGUGACAUUGCCCCCCCAAAUCACAGGGUGACACGGACUCCUCCCCGCCUGGGUCCACGUGUCCCCCCCAAAGCACUUUUUCCCCACCCCCCUCGACCCCCCCCACCAAAGCGGAUCCCCCCCAAGUGCCUGUAGGGGAGGGGCUGUUCCGGACGCUCUCACAAAUUAUAAAGUUUUUAAGAAGGAAAACGCGGAUUUUGGUGACUCCCGUUGCGCCCC